UAUAAUGUGGGUGUUAACCUUAAAAAUUGUGUUUUAACCUUAUAAUUUGUGAGUUUACCUUAUAAUUUGUGUAUUAACCUUAUUAUUUGUGUACUAACUUUUUAUAAUGAUUAAUAAAAUUUUUUUUUUUUUUAGAUUGAAGUAUGAAUAGAAGAAGGAAAGAGAAAGAAAGGCAAAGGAAACAAAUUACAAGAACUGGAAAAAUGAAUAGGGUACGUUAAAAAGAUGUUUCUACAAUGAGGAAUGUUAAUGGCAAGUUCUCAAUAUUAAACAUGAGAAAUGUACAUGGACAAAAUUACACAUAAUACAUAGAAAAAAUACAAAUUAUCUAUGAACAGGCUUUCAUUCCUAUUCUUCAUCUUGACAUUUUAUGUAAAUUUUUAAUCAGUAACAUAUUGUCAUUAUCCUGUAAUAAAUAAUUUGUUUCAGUCAAGUUCUAAAAUAGUUUUACUUUCUAUUUCAGCCGCCUGAUGAUAUUGAAGUCACUUCUUGGAUUACAAAAUACCUGAAAAAUCAAGCAGAUUUAUCAGAGGAAAAAAAGAAGAAGAUGAAUAAAUGUAAUAGCAAUAUACAAGUUGACAGUCACAAAAUUGAUUCUAUAGAAACAAAACUUUUAGUUGUAUCGCAUUCCAAAACAGUGAAUAUGUCACAUUUAGAUACUGAACAUAAGAAAUGUUGGAAAAGAAAACUAGAAACAUGUGAUGCUUCUGAUCAAAUUGAUUCAAAACAAAGAAAAAAAACACUUAGUAAAAAUAUACAUCCAAAAAUUCACUCAAACACUGAGAAUCCAGUUGAAGUUCAUAUGAAGAAAAAGCUUUUUACAAGACAUAGAGUGAAGCUUCACCGUGAAAAGCGAGAUUUGCAGAAAGUUUUGAAUCAAAGGCUGAAAGAUAAAGCUAGAAAGCAAACAAAAAGAAAUAACAGAAAAAGAAUAACUAUUGAAUCUGAUAGAAUUAAGGAUAUGAGUAGAAAGACAACACAGAGAGAAAAAAGAGAUGAAAAUACUAUUGACUUUGAUAAAAACAAGGAUAAAAGAAGAAAAACAACACAGCGAGAAAAAAGAGAUGAAAUAACUAUCGCCUCACAUAGAAGCAAGGAUAAAGUUAAAAAGAAAACAGAGAGAGACCAUAGAGAUGAAAAAACUAUUGACUCUGAUAAAAGUAAGGAUAAAAAAAGGAAAACAACUCAGCGAGAAAAAAGAGAUGAAAAUACUAUUGACUGUGAUAAAAGCAAGGAUAAAAGAAGGAAAACAACACAGCGAGAAAAAAGAGAUGAAAUAACUAUCGCCUCACAUAGAAGCAAGGAUAAAGUUAAAAAGAAAACAGAGAGAGAACAUAGAGAUGAAAAAACUAUUGACUCUGAUAAAAGCAAGGAUAAAAAAAGGAAAACAGCUCAGCGAGAAAAAAGAGAUGAAAAUACUAUUGACUGUGAUAAAAGCAAGGAUAAAAGAAGGAAAACAACACAGCGAGAAAAAAGAGAUGAAAUAACUAUCGCCUCACAUAGAAGCAAGGAUAAAGUUAAAAAGAAAACAGAGAGAGAACAUAGAGAUGAAAUGACUAUUGACUCUGAUAAAAGCAAGGAUAAAAAAAGGAAAACAACUCAGCGAGAAAAAAGAGAUGAAAAUACUAUUGACUGUGAUGAAAGCAAGGAUAAAAGAAGGAAAACAACACAGCGAGAAAAAAGAGAUGAAAUAACUAUCGCCUCACAUAGAAGCAAGGAUAAAGUUAAAAAGAAAACAGAGAGAGAACAUAGAGAUGAAAAAACUAUUGACUCUGAUAAAAGCAAGGAUAAAAAAAGGAAAACAACACAGCGAGAAAAAAGAGAUGAAAUAACUAUCGCCUCACAUAGAAGCAAGGAUAAAGUUAAAAAGAAAACAGAGAGAGAACAUAGAGAUGAAAAAACUAUUGACUCUGAUAAAAGUAAGGAUAAAGGAAGGAAGAGAACAGAGCGAAAAAAUAGAGAUGACAAUACUAUUGACUCUGAUAAAAGCAAAGAUAAAAAAUUGAAAACAACACAGCGAGAAAAAAGAGAUGAAAUAACUAUUGACUCUGAUAAAAGGAAGGAUAAAGGAAGGAAGACAACAGAGCGUGAAAAUAGAGAUGACAAUACUAUUGACUCUGAUAAAAGUAAGGAUAAAGGAAGGAAGACAACAGAGCGAGAAAAUAGAGAUGAAAAUACUAUCAACUCUGAUAAAAGUAAGGAUAAAGGAAGAAAAUUUGCAAAUAGAAAGAGUAGAGAUUUACAAACUACUAUUACUGAUAAAGUGAGAGAUAAGACAAGAAAACAAGCUUCAAGAGAAAAAAGACAUAUAUCAGACUUUAAAAGAUCAAAAAAGGAAUUUGCCUCAUAUAUUUGUACUUGUUGUCAUCGCACUUGGUUUAGAUCAUCUGUGAUACAAGCAGUGAAGAAAAACUUUAAUAAAACAAAGACCGACAUUAUAAGUAAAUCAUUUACUAACUAUAAAUCAUUUGAUGGAUUAGAAUAUAUAUGCAAGUCUUGCUCUUCCACAGUUAAAUCAAACAAACUUCCUAUUUAUGCUGUCAAUAAUGGACUUCAGUUGGAUUCGAUUCCAGAAGAAUUACAAAAUCUUUCUGAGUUAGAAUCAGUGUUGCUGUCUCAACGGAUACUUUUUUACAAGUUGUUAAACCUUCCACGUGGUGGUCAAAAAGGAUUCAAGGGUAACUUAGUGAAUGUGCCAGUAAACCUUAGCAAAGUGACUUCCACUUUACCAAGAACACCAACAGAAGCAGGAAUUAUUCCCGUAAAAUUAAAAAGAAAACUACAAUAUAAAGGCCAUCACCUUCAUCAAACUAUCAAGCCGCAAACAAUUAGACACGGCUUGUCUUGGCUAAAAAGACACAACAAGUAUUACACUAAUGUACAAAUUGACGAAACAUGGGAACAAAGAUCAAGAGAUGAAGAAGAAGAGUUAUGGGAGACAUUACAAGAAACAAAUAGUGACAAUGAUCAUGAUAAUACUCAUGUUGAAAACUUUGACAAUGAUCAUGAUGAUACCCAAGUUGAAAACAGUGUCAAUGAAACUGAUCUAAAUACUAAUAACCAGGAUCAGGAGAUGAAUGAAAAUGAAAUACAACAUACUAAUAGUGAUGAGGAGAACGUACAGAAUAAAGUUCAAGGCAUUCAGUAUGACACCUGCCUGCAUCCUUCUAAUAUUAUGCAUACAGGAGUUGAAUCAUAUAGUAUAGCUCCAGGAGAGAAUGAAAUUCCUAAACCACUUUUUAUGGACAAGCAAUGUGAAGCUUUAGCAUUUCCAACAUGUUUCCCUUAUGGAAAAGGAACUUUUUCAGAUAUUCAACAUUCCAAUGGCAAUGGAAAAUUGUCUCUGAAAAAAUAUUUUGUGAAUAGGCUAACAAAUGUUGAUACAAGAUUUGCCACAAACAUGUCCUACAUUUUUUAUGCACUGUAUGCCACUGAGAAAAAACAAGUAGAUGAUGCAAUAUCAAUAGCAGUAAGAAAAGCUCGUAAACAGGAUAUAACAGCAGGACAGUUAAAAGAUCCUGGUCGCUUGAAAGAAAUUAUUGUAAAAGAUCAAGCAUUUCAAUUUCUCCAGCAAGUAAGGGGCUCACCGUCUUAUUGGCAGCAUGCUCAGUUUGAACUUCUAGCCUUAGUAAGGAGCAAAGGACCCUUUACUUGGUUUCUGACCUUAUCAUGUGCUGAUACUAAAUGGCCUGAAACAGUACAAUCAAUAGCAGCUCAAAAAGGAAGGAUAAUAUCAGAUGAAGAAGUAAAAAACAUGUCUUCUGGUGAAGUCCAUCAGUGGUUACGAAAAAAUCCUAUCACAGCAGCACGACAAUUCGAUCAUAGAUUACAAUCAUUUUUCAAAAAUGUCAUUCUCAGCAAAAUGGAACCUCUUGGCAAAGUCACUUGCUAUUUUCAACGAACAGAAUUUCAGUUAAGAGGUUCACCUCAUGCUCAUAUUGCUCUUUGGGUUGAAAAUGCACCUAGAUUAGAGACUGCACCAAAUGAAGAGAUUGUAUCAUUCAUUGAUAAAUACAUUACUUGUAGUCUUCCCAAUCCUGAUGAUCCAUUAUAUGAGCAUGUCAAUGAGAAACAAAGACAUUCACAUUCUGUAGCUUGUAAAAAGAAGUCAAACAGCUGUCGCUUUCAUUAUCCUAAACCACCAAGUAACAGGACAAUUAUUGCAUCUGCUAAACCAGAAUCGAAUGCUACUGUGGGAAACAUAAAAAUUCAGGAUGCCACAACGUUGUUAGCCUCAGUUCUUAAUACUUUAGAAAAAAUAGAAGAUCCAGACAAAUAUAGUGUUGAUGAGCUUUUGCAACAUGCAGGAAUAACUUCAGACAUCUAUCAUCAGUGUUUGUCAUUGUCUAAAUGCAAAACAGUUGUAUUAAAAAGAACUCCAGCUGAAAGGAAUAUCAAUUACUACAAUCCAGAUAUACUGCAGUUAUGGGAAGCAAAUAUGGACUUACAAUUUGUUUGUGAUGCGUAUGCAUGUAUAUCGUAUAUAGUGGCUUAUGUCACUAAAGAUGAGAAAGAGAUGUCCCAGAUGCUGAAACUUGCAGCUAGUGAAAUGAGAAACGCUGAUGUUAAGACCAGAUUGAAACAUAUUGGUUAUGUCUUUUUAGGUAACCGUGAAAUAAGUGCACAAGAAGCUGCAUACCGUCUUCUAGGCAUACCUCUCAAGAGAUGUAAUACCAAAGUAGUCUGGAUUCCUACUGACUUUAAAGAAAACAGAAUAAGUAUUCUUAAAUCACAAAAUCUUCUAGAUGACUUGGAAGAUGAUUCAACAGAUGUCUAUUGCAAAAGUAUUGUUGACAAAUAUGCCAUCAGACCUUUCAUUCCUAUUUUCAGCAACACAUGUCUUGCACAGUUUGCUUCAAUGUAUGAUCGUGCUACUAGCCAAUCAAAAUCAUUCACAAAUGAUGAGUCAGAGAAUGAGCAAGACCCAUCACUGCCUGAAACUGACGUCCAUCAAGAGCUUCCAAAAAUAAUAACUCUUCAAGAUACAGAUGUCAUUAUGAAGAAAAGAACAAACCCAGCAGUACCAAGGUGGCAUGUUGUAUCUGAAAAUAAGGAUCCAGAAAAAUAUUAUCACCAACAACUGUUACUUUUUGUGCCAUGGAGGAGAGAAGAAGAAGACCUGUUGAAAGAGAAUACAUUUUAUGAGGAGUCAUAUAAUGAUAUGUUGACUAUCCUGAAUGAAAAUAAGAACCAUAUAGCUGAAUACGCAAGUCUUGUUUCUCAAGCUGUAGAGGAAUUCCAGGAGAAUGGACCUCCCCAACAUGCAUGGGAUAUGCUAGACCCAGAGGGUAAUUUACAAAAUAUGCAGGAUUCAGAAAAUAGGCAAAACAGCAAUGAUGACAACGAUGAGGAACAAUCUGUUAGGCCACAAUUACAUAGAUCAUCAAUUACAAGUUCGGUUAGAAAGCAUGAAAUAUCAGACAAUGAGCUCCAAGAAAUUAUAUGUAGUUUGAACCAUGAACAGAUGCAAUUAUUUAGACAUAUAUAUGACUGGUGUCUACAAUACAAGAUGGGAUUGUCACCAAAUCCUUUUCAUAUAUUCUUGUCAGGGGGAGCAGGGACAGGAAAGAGUAGACUCAUUAAGGCCAUCUAUCACCAAGUAUCAAGAACAUUGCAGACAUCUGGUCAAGAUCCUGAUCAUCCUUGUAUUAAGCUUACUGCUCCAACUGGAUGUGCCGCUUUCAAUAUUGGUGGAUCAACAAUACAUAGUGCAUUAAAGCUACCAGUAAAAGGAGGUUAUUAUAGUUUGCGAGGAAAUCCAUCAAUGCUUGCAACAUUUCAAUCAAAGUAUGAGAACUUGCUCAUUCUUGUAAUAGAUGAAGUUUCUAUGCUAGGCCGAAAAGCAUUUGCCCAUGUUCACAAACGUCUUCAGGAAAUAAAGAAUGUUGAAGGAACUGAUAAGAUAUUUGGAGGUGUUUGUGUACUUGCCGUUGGUGAUAUGUUCCAAAUUCCACCAGUACGAGAAUGUCGAAUAUAUGACACCUCUCCUAGUCACAAUCUAGAUGAAAUGGGAGUCUUACUCUCUAACUUAUGGACAAAUAAUUUCCAGUUCCAUGAACUUAAGAUUAUUAUGCGUCAAAAAGAUGAUUUACCAUUUGCAGCAACAUUAAAUAGAUUACGACUAGCAGAACACACAGCUGAGGACAUUGAAACAUUGAAAGCUAGAGUAGUCAAAGGUAGUGAUUACCCUUCAGAAGCUCUGCAUAUAUUUUCUAUAAGAAGAAAUGUGGAUGAUCAUAACGAACAAAUGUUGCAUAAUUUAGACCAUCAAACUCACAGAACUGUAAAGUCAUUUACCCAUAUACCGCCUUCAGUCACUUCAUUUGAUGUCAAUUCUAAAGUUGCAGAUUUGCCACACACUCUUGAACUUGCACCACAUGCUCGUGUCAUGUUAAUAAAAAACCUUGAUGUCAAUGAUGGACUUGUAAAUGGAGCAACAGGAUUACUGUUAGAUUUAAUUUAUAACCAGAAUGCUAAGCCUCCAUCUUUGCCAAAAUGUGUGAUAGUUAGAUUUGAUGACCCAUCCAGUGGAUUGUUGACACAGCAAGCCUCAACAAUUUCACUAAACAAUUAUCCACAAGGUACACCAAUUUACCCUAUCGAAGUUCAAGAACAUGUUGGAAGAAGUGAGACUUCACCACAAAUUACAAGGAUACAACUGCCACUUGUGCUUUGUUUUGCUUGUACAAUUCAUAAAAUACAAGGUGCCACUUUGAAGAAUGUUGUCAUGUCAUGUUCAAAUAUACGACAACCUGGAAUGAUGUAUGUUGCUUGCAGUCGAGUGACCACACUUUCUGGACUUCAUUUACUUGAUUUUAAACCUGAGUCAAUCAAAGCUUCAGCAUCCACAAAGGAGGAAAUGACACGUUUACGUACAGAAAUGAAACUUCAAACUUUUUAUGAUCAACUAGAGAAGGAUCCAACUUGCCUUCGUGUUCUCCUGUUCAACAUAAGAUCAGUCCAAAACAAAGAGAACCACAUUAAUUCAGAUCCUUAUCUGGGUAGUGUAGACAUAAUGAUUCUAACAGAAACUUGGAAGAAGAACAAAACAGAUAUAAAUGUUCCACAAUUUCACUACCAAUAUCAUAGCGUCAGGACAGAAAACAGAGGUGGUGGGGUGUCAGUUCUUUCGCAGACACCAAUGAUUCCUAUACAAAUGCAAGUAUCUUCAGAUGUAUGUGAUGCAAUUGUUCUUCAAUACAAAAGAGAUAGUGCUAAAAUAAACAUCAUUGCUGUUUACAGGCCUCCAUCUUGCACAUUUGAGAAGUUCAUGAGAUGGCUAACAAAAAUACUUACAAGCAUUAACAGAGAUAUACCUACUUUAAUAGCAGGUGAUUUUAAUAUUAACCUACUUGAAACAUCAGCUGCCUAUAGAGGAUUGCAUGUAUUCAUGAACCAUAUUCACUUUAAACAGGUGAUCAAUACAGCAACCCAUCAAUUAGGAGGCCUGCUUGACCAUUUGUGGAUCAAUUCUGGUGUGACUGUUUCUCAACAGAUGCUUGCAAGAUCUCCUUACAGUGAUCAUUUCCAAAUUUUUGCUGAUUUACAGUUGUAA